AUGCAACCAACCAACAACAACAACACAGCUUCAACUUCCCCAACAUUAAAUGUUGAAAGUAAUCAAAAACAAAAACAAUGUCUUAACAAUUCACACAACAACAGUGGAAAUAAUUUAACACGUACAAAAUCAUUGGAUACUUGUCGUGUUUGUGGCGAUGGUCCAGCCAGAAUGCAUUAUGGAGUUCCGACUUGUUUUGGGUGUAAAGGGUUUUUUAGAAGAACAUUAAAAAGGACAAAAGAAUAUACUUGCAGAUAUAGUGGAAAUUGUAUUGUUGAUAGAUAUGAACGCAAUUCCUGUCGUUAUUGUCGUUUCAAACGCUGUUUAGAAGUUGGAAUGGAUCCAAAAGCUGUAAGACCAGACAGAGAUGCUGCUGGCCGUACACAUCCAGUUAGACGAAGAAUAAAUUUAUUAAAUGGGACAACAAAUAAUAACAUUAAUGAAGUUGUUGUUGUUGGAGGUGAACAAGAGGUUAUUGCUGAUAGUGGUGGUAAUAAUGGGGUUGGUGCUGCAGAUGCAGAAUGGGUACGGAAAUUGCCUGUUGAAAUGCGUACUUUAUUAAUGCAAAUAAUGAAUAUUGAUGUUAUGAUACAACAUGGGGACACACAAGAAAGUCCAGAAAAUUUAUAUCCACUUCCUUUUACAAGUUUACGACAAAUGUUUGAAGACCCGACAUGUUUGGAUGGAAAAAGGACUGAAAUAAGAUAUGAGCAUUAUAGACAAGUUGAACCGAAAGAAUUAACGUAUUUGGCACAUCGGAGAUUAAUUGCUGCUGUGGACACAAUUGAUCAUUUAUGUGCUUUGAUGGAUUUACACAAUAUUAGAGACAAAUUAAUCCUCACAAAGGCAGCAUAUGCACCAUUAUCUUUAUUUUGUUCUGUGUCAUCUACAGCACGUAUAACAAAUAAUCGAGACAUUCUCUGCCUUUGUAAUUAUGGUUAUGUACCUAGAGGCGCUCAUCUUACCUAUUCAGAACCUUACCAUUUUGCUAAUCGAAUUGUGGACAGAGCUUUAGAUGAACUUGUAGAGCCUUUUCGAACAUUUAAUUUCAAAGAACGUGAAAUUGUUUUAAUGAAAGCUAUUGUUGCAUUAAAUCCUUAUUUGCCAAGUCUGUCAACUGAGGCAGCUGAACAAAUAGCUGAUUUUCGUGAUAGGCUACAGGAAACAUUAUAUAAUGUUGUUCGUGAAAGCCAUCCAAAAGAAGUAGCUUCUUCUCGUUUUGGAAAUUUACUUUUAUUUCUUCCAAAUAUAAUGAUACUUGGAAGUAUUAUGAUUGAAAAUUUACAAUUUUUACAUUCAUUUGGAAGUCAUUGUGGAGGUAUUGGGCCUUUACUUGGUGAAUUACUUGAGGAAGAGUGUGAGGAAAAUAUACAGGAUUGUGUGGGUUGUGGUGAUGAUUUGUUGUCAUUAAGUAGUGGAGAGAAUAAUGAUGGGUCAAUGUGCCAUUCUCAAUCAACCGGUUCAAUUACUUCACAAUUCGGCAACACUUCAACAAAAAGUUGUGAAGAUAUUACAAUGUUACAGCAACAAUUUCAACAACACCAACAAUAUUCUGCUCCUAAUUUAAUGUUAAUUAAUUCUCCUUACCUCAAUAUAUUAUUUCCCUUUCAAUUUAUAAACCCCCAUUUAUUUCGGUCAUUUCAAAUUAAAGUCUCUCUCAAAAAUUAA